AUGACGCGCUUGCUGGUUGCCACCUCUCUUUGCUUCUUCUUCUUCUUUCUGGUUUUGGGUUCUGGGAGCUGCGUUUCAGCUCUAACUCGAAAUGGACUCCGACCCACCAGAGAUACUCUCAAAUUUAGUCUAGUGGAUGAAAAUCUAGGGUCGUGGAGAAAUGGAAUCUCAGAAGAUACUGCACAAUCCCCAGGGUCUGCAAGCGAUGCACCUCAAGGCACGCUUGUUUUGGCGGCUAAAAGGACCAACAGGCCAGAUAUUCUGAGCCGGUUUAAGCGUUAUCGCGGAGGCUGGGACAUUGCUAAUCGGCACUACUGGGCGUCGGUUGGAUUUACAGGUGCCGCUGGUUUCAUUAUUUCUGUCCUAUGGUUUGUUGCUUUUGGCAUGGUUCUUGUGGUUCAUCAUUGCUGUGGAUGGAGAAUAAACAUUAAAGAGGAAGAAUCACACCGCUCACAGAGGAUAUGCCUGAUUCUGCUACUAGUCUUCACAUGUGCUGCUGCGAUUGGAUGUAUUCUUCUUUCUGUUGGGCAAGAUGAAUUUCAUGAUGAAGCAAUGCGUACUCUAAAUUAUGUUGUAAACCAGUCCGACUACACUGUACAGACUCUGAGAAAUGUCACAGAGUAUCUGUCCCUUGCAAAGGCUAUUAGUGUGGCCCAGAUUUUCUUACCUUCUGAUGUCAUGGAUGGUAUUGACAAGCUGAAUCUAGAUCUGAACACUGCAGCAAAUACACUGACAGAGAAGACAAGUGAAAAUUCUGUUAAAGUAAAAAGAGUCUUCAGUGCUGUGCGUUCAGCUUUAAUCACCGUGGCAGCAGUGAUGCUUCUCCUAGCUGUGAUUGGUCUUUUUCUGUCCAUCCUUGGGCACCAACAUGCGAUCCACAUAUUUAUUGUUAGUGGAUGGUUACUUGUAGCAAUUACAUUCAUUCUUUCUGGAGUCUUUGUGAUCCUUAACAAUACUGUGUCUGACACCUGUGUGGCCAUGGAAGAGUGGGUAGAACAUCCUCAUGCUGAAACAGCACUUAGCAACAUCCUUCCAUGUGUUGACCAGAGAACCACAAAUAAGACACUUAGCCAGAGUAAACAAGUUAUCAACGACAUUGUAAAUGUUGUCAACCAGUUCAUCUAUACAUAUGCCAAUACGUAUCCAUCCCGUGCCGAUCCUUAUUAUUACAAUCAGUCCGGGCCUCUGAUGCCACCUCUCUGUUACCCAUAUGAUUCUCAGUUGAGAGAUAGUCAGUGUGGGGAUCAAGACGUGUCUAUUUCAAAUGCGUCUUUGGUUUGGCAGAACUAUACAUGUGAAGUCUCGGUAUCUGGGAUGUGCACCACAGUUGGAAGGAUAAGCCCAGACAUCUACACUCAGCUGGUUGCAGCAGUUAAUGAGAGCUAUGCACUUCAGCACUAUACUCCACCCUUAUUGAGCCUCCAGGAUUGUAAUUUUGUUCGAGACACAUUUCGAACAAUCACGUCAAGUUAUUGCCCUCCAUUGGAUCAUUAUCUGAAAAUUGUGAAUGCAGGGUUGGCCCUGAUAUCAGUUGGAGUCUUGCUCUGUCUUGUUCUCUGGGUACUCUAUGCAAACCGCCCCGGAAGAAGGGAGCUAGUGUUUGUGAAACUAUCCUUACCGAUAGGCAGGAGAAAAAAGAGCAGUUCCAACAAUAAUACCAACAAUAGCAGCAGCAUUGAUGUAUCGUCAUCAAAUGAAGUCUAG